AGCCAGGAAAUUAAUUAAGGACUAAUUAAAAGCAGCCCAGAGCGAGCCAAGGAAGGCAGGAAUUAGCAGAAGGCUCCGAGCUAACAGAAAAGCAGCUCUGGAAGCCGUGAUGAAAACCUUGGGACCGGGAUUUUUGGCCGAGUUUAAAAAACACAAAUCCCUGCAAGCAGCAGUUGAAGAAUCCUUAAGCUCAGGAAAAUCCCAUGGAAUUUCCAGCAGGACCAGUGGGAAUGGCAAAAAAAUUCCCAAAAUUUCCAGAAAAGAUGGAACAGCUGGAGCAGGGCCCAGCUCAUCCCAGGAAUCCGAGGGGAAUGUCCCAAAAAAAGAGAGGGAAGAGGAGGAGGAGGCGUCGGGGAAAAAUCAUCCUGCAUCCUAUAACAGGCUGCUGAGGGAGGACCUGCUGAGCUGUGGCACCGUGCUGCAGAUCUCGGAUUUGCCCGACGACGGAUUUUCCGACCAGGACAUCAAAAAACUGGUCCAGCCCUUUGGGAAAGUCAGUGACCUCAUCGUGCUGCGCUCCAGGAACGAGGCCUACCUGGAGAUGAAUUACAAGGAGGCCGUGAUCGCCGCUGUCAAGUUUGGGGAGACGGCGCCGGUUCUGCUCAACGGGAAACGCGUUCGGAUCAGCGUGGCCGAGAGACCGCGGGCGGCAGCGGCGCAGGUGAAAAAAACGGUGAAAAAGAAAGUCCUGAACCCCAAAAAAACUCCAACAAGCACCAAGUAA